UCUCUGAAUAUAAGUUGCAGAGUGGCGAGUGCAGAGCAGAGCAUCCCUACUGAUAGGUGGCGGCAGCCAUUGAAAUUGCUUCACUUCACUUCGCAUCACUAAGCUGCAAUUUCUCUGAUGGCAGUCUCCUCUUCGCUUGUUCCCACUUUAUCUUUCGCUGCUAACAGUUCUUCUUCCAAGUCGUCUUCGUCAUUGUUACCGUCUUGGAGUUUCUCGAAAGCCCAUCAGAUGAGCUCAAAUGGGCGAUUAUCAAUCCAUUGUUCCUCUUCUUCUUCUUCUUCUUCUUCUUCCUCCUGAGUUUGAACCCACUUCCCCGAACCAGCUGAACCCAAGGCAAACUCAGGUUUCUUCUCUAAGUUCCUUUGGACUCACGAUGCCUGAGAAUGGCAAGCGAUCAUACAGAUGGCGCAGGGUGCUGCUUAAGGUGAGCGGAGAAGCUCUUGCGGGAGAUCACGCUCAAAAUAUUGACCCAAAGGUUACAAUGGCUAUUGCCAGGGAGGUUGCCGCUGUCACUCGCCUGGGCAUCGAGGUUGCAAUUGUGGUUGGUGGGGGAAAUAUAUUCCGUGGUGCCUCCUGGGCUGGAAGCAGUGGCCUUGACCGUUCAUCGGCAGACUACAUUGGUAUGCUUGCCACUGUCAUGAAUGCGAUAUUUCUUCAAGCAACAAUGGAGAGUAUCGGUAUUCCAACUCGGGUUCAGACAGCAUUUAGAAUGUCUGAGGUUGCCGAGCCAUAUAUACGGCGGAGGGCAGUGAGGCAUUUGGAAAAGGGUAGGGUCGUAAUUUUUGCUGCUGGAACUGGUAACCCUUUCUUCACCACAGAUACUGCUGCAGCACUUCGAUGUGCUGAGAUCAAUGCGGAGGUUGUGCUGAAAGCAACAAAUGUCGAUGGGGUCUUUGAUACUGAUCCCAGGAGAAACUCAGAUGCCCGUCUUCUCGACACAUUAACUUAUCACGAGGUGACUUCAAAGGACCUCUCGGUUAUGGACAUGACCGCCAUUACUCUUUGCCAAGAAAACAAUAUACCAGUGGUCGUAUUCAAUUUGUCUAAGCCGGGAAAUAUCUCAAGAGCAAUAAAGGGGGAGAGGGUCGGGACACUGAUCGGAUCCACAUGGAUUCCGCCGGUGGGGACAUCAUGAAUGAGAAAAGAGAGUCACCUGGCACUGGUCGUGUUGGUUUUCUUUUCUUGCAGUUCAAGUUCCCCUUUUUUUCUAGAUUUCUUACAACAGGAGACAAAAAGAUAUAAGAUCCUUCCAGGAUCAUGAUAUUUAAUUCGGCAUCGGUAGAAAAAUUGAACUACUGUAUAUAAUUCAUCAAGUUGUAUUGAAAGCGAAUUUUUGUGCGACUUAAUCUUAGCAUCAUAGCAUCUACUAUACGGAAAUUGAUCGAGUACCUUGGAUCUAUUAGUUAUGAUCAAGUGCUUGUAUUCAGUAUCUAUUUAGUCCUCUUUUACUUUUGUACAUCCUUGGAAAAUGACAAAUCAGCUAUGGAUU